AUGGAGGACCAGAAGGCCCCACGUCAUCGUCAGAGUGGAAGCCUGACUGAUUUUACUGUUAUUGUUAAAGAAGAGAUUAAGGAUGAUAUAGAUGAGGAGGAUGAGGAAGAUCUCACCAUCCCCCACCAAGAUCAGGUCAAAGAACGGGUUGAUCUGAAAGUUGGCGGUACAAAGGGGGAAGAAGAGGUCUAUGUGACGGGUGAUGCGCCGUCUACGGAGGAGGAAGUGAUGAUGGUGACCAUUAAAGAGGAGGACUUUUCUUCGGACUUCGAGACGGCGUAUGGACACCGAGUCAAGAACCCCCUGCAACGAUGUCUCUCCAUACCUCCCUAUCGGAAAACGGAGGAUGAUGACUUCACGCCUGAUUAUCUAGUAGAGAAACCCAUCGCUCCGAACGUCCACACCGGACUUCACCGGGCAGGUGGGUCUCCAGACGCCUAUAACCCCGAAGACCCGAGCCGUGAACUUCUCACUCGGAAUGUCCACCCGGAACGUAACAGUGUAGCAGAUCCCUCUAAUCCCGAAGAAGCAUCCCUCGGUGAAAUGGACUCCGGGGACCACCGGGCCUGUGAUCAGGUUGGCGAGAUGUUUUCUUGUUCAGAAUGCGGGAAAAGCUUCACGUCCAAAUCCACUCUCCGCGGCCACCAGAAAGUCCACACCGGGGAGCGGCCGUUCCCGUGCCUCAUCUGCGGGAAGCGCUUCCUGCGCAGGACGCAUCUCAACGUGCACCAGACCACUCACAUCGGCGACCGGCCGUUCAAAUGCCCCGAGUGCGGGAGAGGUUUCUCCAAGAAGUCCGACCUGCAGACCCACCAGUUCACUCACUCCGGGGAGUUCCCUUUCUCCUGCUUCGAAUGUGGCAAGGGCUUCUCCCGGAAGUCUCACCUCCUGAGGCAUCGGCGGUCUCACACGGGGGAGCGUCCUUUCUCCUGCCCGGACUGCGGGAAGUGCUUCGUGGACAGGUCGCAGCUCACCGCUCACGAGCGGUAUCACACGGGAGAGAAGCCGUACUCCUGCUCGGAGUGCGGGAAGUGUUUCUCCGGUAAGUCGGGACUGAAUAAACACUGGAAGGUUCACACGGGGGUGAAGCCGUACGCGUGCACCCACUGCGGGAAAUGCUUUCGGGGCAAGUCGCAGCUCGUCCAGCACCUGAGGGGGCACGUGGGAGCCAAACCGUACACCUGCUCCUACUGCGGAAAGAACUAUGCGGUGGAGUCCCAACUGAUCGCCCACCAAAGAUCUCACACGGGAGAGAAGCCAUUUUCCUGCUCGGUGUGCGGGAAAAGCUUUGGCCACAAGCCGACGUUGGUCAACCACAUGAGGAUUCACACGGGAGAGAAACCACACUCGUGCUCAGAGUGCAGCAAAUGUUUCUCGCGCCACGCGGACCUGGUGGCGCACCGGAGGACGCACACGGGCGAGCGACCCUUCCCUUGUUUGCAGUGCGGGAAACGGUUCCAGAGAAAGACGCAGCUCGUCAAACACACGCAGCUCCACAAAGAAGCCGAGGGGCCCGGCGGCCAGGACAGCCCGAACGAGGUAUCCGAAAGCGGGGAGACGCCGGAGAACUCGCAGGAGUGA